CCCACUGCAGCCGAGAGCUGGUUCUGCAGCACAGCUCAACAGAGUGAGUGAGUGAGUGACUGAGUGAGUGGAGUUGAGUUAGCAGGAAAACCUGGAUUACUAUCUGAUCAGCUCAGAGCGAGUGAGGUAAGGGGGAAGCACUUCAGGUUUGCAAAGAGUGAGCAGGGUAGGAGGAGGUGAAGGAGUGGGAGUGACUGUGCAUGCUGUGUUGCAUUAGCACGUGCUAAGAGGUAAGGCUUCUCCCAACACCCUGGCUGCAGUUGAGCCACCCGGACGUCCCGAGGGUGAAGACAGCUGGCAGGGCAAGGCGAUGCAGGCAGACCUGAGAUGACACGCGGUACUCCUUUCUUCUUCAGAACUUCUUUUCUUCCGUCCUGCUGCUCACUGCUGUCUCUCCGUCUUCCCUAAGGCUGCUCCUCCCGUCCUUCGGCAAACAGGGCUGAAUUAAUCAGGGGUGUCUGCACUAAGAGGAUCAAUAGCUUGCACUGUGCUGUACACGAUUGGAGCCGGCAGGCACUCUUUACUCCUGAAGUGUGUUCACUGUGCGCUUCUGGGCUCUGAGGUGUCCCACCGGUAGGUCCUGUCCAAUUAUUUUUCUCCAUGGCAUUCAGGAGGAUGGCAGGACAGCAGAAAAGGGGCGACUUUGUGCCACUCCGGGCUUGCUGGAGACAGAGGCAUGCGACUCUCUCUCUGAAAUGAACCCUUCCCCCUGGAUGACUUGGGGAGAGAGAAAGAAAGAGAGAGGGAGGGAGAGACAGCGCCUUCUCCCCCUGUGGAAGACAAUAAUAUGACUUCACGAUGAGGAUGUGCCAGAAUGAAUUUGACAUCUUAGCCGGGAGAAUUCCGCGAAAAAGGCAGGAAAGUGACAGCUCCUACGCCACUCUUUGCUUUCUGUUUCUCCUCUACUACUACAGAACAGCUCUCCCAAGGGUGCCCUGACUGUUUUUUCCUUUUUCCAGCUUCCCUUUUUUCCUUUAAUGUUGGAUGAGCCUUACAUUCUUUAGCAUUGACAUGCUCAUUUUGUUGCCUUAAAACUGUACUAUGGGCUUUUUUCAGAACUUUGACAUGGAGUAGUGUAUCACAGAGGACAAUGUACUCUGUAUGUUUGCUUACAGUCUCUAUGUCUUUGAGAAGCCUUGAAAGGACUUACGAGGAAGUAUGUAAGGUGUGGAAGUAAUGGCAUUCUCCAGACCCUGUGUAAGGGCUAUUUAUUUACGAAAGAAAAGCCACGCAAACCACACCUUUGCUUAAAUGAAGACUGGCCGCACUUACACAGGAAGGGACCAAAAAAUGAUGCAAGUCAAUAAUUUCCCAUUCAGGAGGCAUUCCUGGAUAUGCUUCGACGUGGACAAUGGCACGUCGUCAGGAAGGAGCCCCCUGGACCCCAUGACGAGCCCGGGCUCAGGCCUCAUCCUCCAGGCCAACUUCGUCCACAGCCAGAGGAGGGAAUCCUUCCUCUACCGCUCCGACAGUGACUAUGAUCUGUCGCCCAAAUCCAUGUCCCGCAACUCCUCCAUCGCCAGCGACAUGAAUAACCACCUGCAGAGGCCGGGCCUGGUCUCUCGGCGCUCUGAGCCUGUUAUUAGUGGAAAUCAUGGGGACGACCUGAUUGUCACGCCGUUUGCCCAGGUACUGGCCAGUUUGAGAACAGUAAGAAACAACUUUGCGGCAUUAACCAACUUGCAGCAAGACAGAACCUCAAAUAAACGGUCCCCAAUGUGUAACCAACCACCUCUCACAAAAGCCUCCUUCACAGAGGAGGCCUACCAGAAGCUGGCCACUGAGACGCUGGAGGAGCUGGACUGGUGCCUGGACCAGCUGGAGACCCUACAGACCAGGCACUCCGUCAGCGAGAUGGCCUCCAACAAGUUCAAGAGGAUGCUGAACCGGGAGCUGACCCACCUGUCUGAGAUGAGCCGCUCCGGGAACCAAGUCUCCGAGUUCAUCUCCAACACCUUCUUAGACAAGCAGCAUGACGUGGAGAUGCCCUCCCCUCACACCCAGAAAGAGAAGGAGAAGAAGAAAAAGCCCAUGUCUCAAAUAAGUGGCGUGAAGAAGUUAAUGCACAGUACCAGCCUCACCAAUUCUAACAUCCCUCGCUUCGGGGUCAAGACGGAUACAGAGGAGUCCUUAGCCAAGGAACUGGAAGACAUAAACAAAUGGGGCCUUAACGUUUUCAAAGUCACAGAAUUUUCGGGGAACAGGCCUUUAACGGUGAUGAUGUACACAAUAUUUCAGGAAAGAGACUUGCUCAAGACGUUUAAAAUUCCAUUAGACACUUUUAUAACCUACCUGAUGACCUUAGAAGACCAUUACCAUGGAGAUGUGGCGUAUCACAACAACAUUCAUGCUGCUGAUGUCACCCAGUCCACACACGUGCUGCUCUCCACGCCUGCUUUAGAGGCCGUUUUCACAGACCUCGAAAUUCUCGCUGCCAUUUUUGCUAGUGCAAUUCACGACGUCGAUCACCCGGGGGUCUCCAACCAGUUCCUCAUUAACACCAACUCAGAGUUGGCUCUCAUGUACAAUGACUCAUCGGUGCUGGAGAACCAUCACCUGGCAGUGGGCUUCAAGCUGCUCCAGGAAGAGAACUGUGACAUCUUCCAGAACCUGACCAAAAAACAGAGACAAUCCCUACGGAAGAUGGUUAUCGACAUCGUAUUGGCCACUGAUAUGUCUAAACACAUGAACCUACUGGCUGACCUGAAAACGAUGGUUGAGACAAAGAAAGUGACCAGUUCUGGAGUCCUGCUCUUGGAUAACUAUUCAGACAGGAUACAAGUGCUACAGAACAUGGUCCACUGUGCGGACCUCAGUAACCCAACCAAGCCCCUGCAGCUCUAUCGGCAGUGGACAGACCGCAUCAUGGAGGAGUUCUUUAGCCAAGGUGACAGAGAGAGGGAGCGGGGCAUGGAGAUCAGCCCCAUGUGUGACAAGCACAAUGCCUCGGUGGAGAAGUCCCAGGUGGGGUUCAUAGACUACAUCGUACACCCUCUGUGGGAGACGUGGGCUGACCUGGUCCACCCGGACGCCCAGGACAUCCUGGACACCCUGGAGGACAACAGGGAGUGGUACCAGAGCACCAUCCCGCAGAGCCCGUCCCCUGCCCCGGAGCAGGCUGAGGAGGGCGGGCGACCUGGCGGCGGAGCCGAGAAAUUCCAGUUCGAGCUCACACUGGAGGAGGACGGAGAGUCAGACACUGAGAAAGACAGCGGCAGCCAGGCCGAGGAGGAAGAGGAGGAGGAGGAAGAGGACAACAGCUGCAGUGACUCUAAAACCCUCUGCACGCAGGACUCUGAGUCCACAGAGAUCCCGCUGGACGAGCAGCCGGAGGGAGAGGAGGGUGAGGAGGAGGAGCGCGCCGGAGAGGAAGCCUCAACCGAACCCAGCAUGGCUGAGGAGGAAGAAGAGGAGGAGGAGGAGGAGGAGGAGGAGGAAGAAGAGCAGCCUGCCGGAACGUAGCAGUGAUGCUAUUCGUCUUGGCGAAUAUUAAUAACGGACAGCGAAGAUUUAGUUCCAAAGCGCACCUUGCACUCCUCAAACCUUGGCCGCUCCCCUCUCCUUUUGCGGAGAUGGGUAGACACAGAGACUCUGAUAGAUGGUCCUUAUUUUGCACUCAGGAAUAACAUUUAGUCCUUUUUCUCCCUUUCUUCACUCCUUUUUUCCCCCCAAGGUCCUUGGCCCCCUUAGCUCUGUGAGCCCCCUGCGCAUGGUUGAACACUGCUGGAGCUAAAACCACUGUGCUUUCGUCCCCAUUACCUCCUCCUCUGCAUCGACAGCAAGAGAGUUCCGGAAAAGUUCAGGCCAGAUGGUACGAAGCAAAUGAGCUUAACAAGACUGCAUCAGCCAUGGCCAUCAGGGGGUAAUGGGAAAUUCAUUGGAAUGCAUUCUUUGGCUUUCAAAGAGACCCUUUUUUCUACAUUUUAAGUCUUCCUGAAAACCUGACUGAAAAAAAACACGCAGCUUAGUGCUGUCAUGGCCUCUAAUUCUUUUUGUAUGGCAUAUAAAAUGGAGAUUUUUACAUAGAUGUUACUUUUCUUACAGAAACACCAACAGCAAAGAAAUCUUUUCAAGACAUCUUCUUGCGAAGAGUAACUUGCAAGUAUGCUUUCAUGAUGGUCAUUCAAUUAAUUUUUUGUUUUUUUGCAUUUGCGUGCGUUACGCCCGACUCUGGCUAGUUCACAAUGUCGUUCAACACUGCUGUGUCCAUUUUGUUAAUCGCACAAGUACUCUUCAGUUUUGUUGAUGUUAUUGUCUUUCUGUUGAGAUACUGUUUUUUUGAAACACUUACCUCCAGUGAGCCUCUUAAUACAGUACGAAUACAGUUUCACCUACAGAAUGCCUCACAACGACACUACCAUUUCUGUAUGUUCAGUGAAUGGCAGUCGCUUAAGUAGCAUUAUUUAUGCAUGGCCUCGUUGCUUUGAUUGCUUGUCGAUUAUUUGAAGAAGUUGGCAAACCUCAUUUUAACCUCUGUUUUUUUUAGAACCUAAUCUCUGUCUGCAGCACCUGUGGCAUGUAGUUGAUUCCCAUGGACUUUAUUUCCCAUGAACUUUAUUUAAAACAGAUCAGAAAACCUGUUGACUAAUAUAAGAACCCAGUGUGCAAGUGCUUCAGCAUCUGCCCAUUGGCUUCUAUUAUAAGUGUGUUUUUAUUAGAAGUCAACAAGUAUUUUUAACAACCACAGGGAAACAUGUUGACAUGAUUGUCUGUGGUAACUGUGAGCUACAGAAGCUGCAGAUACACGUCAGGUUGUAAAACACGGUAUUCCUGUAAUGUAUCCUCAUCAUAUGAAACUUUUCUUACAUGCUACCAGGCAAGGCCUUUCUCAGAUCAGUCCAUUUUCACAUCAAACACUGUUUCCACUCACUCACACUAAGACUUUCUACCCUGUGGUCAAAAUGACAGGAUCCUGUUCUCUGUUUAUCUGACACACAGUCGUCUUUACAAUACACUUUGAAGUAGUUUUGCAUGUUUCAGGUUACUUUACAUUUCAGAAUUCGGAUGCUACGAGCCUUCAAAGUGAGCAGUGCUUCUUGCAUGCCUUUUCUUCUUUUCCCUUCAGUGGAUCUCUUAUAAAAGCUGCGUACAUUUGAACAUACGUACUUCAGUAAUACUCUCCACUGUUUUGUUCACAUAUACUGUCUAGAUUGAAUUGAAUUGAAUAAUAUCUCAGAUCAUAAGUUGCGUGCCCCAGAUAUUCCACAAUGGAGCAUGUUGUGCAACGUCUUUAUAGAUACAGUUAUGUAAACUGCUUAAACGAAUAUGAUUUCAAUGCAGCGUUUGCGGUACGUUGAGAGACAGUUCGCUCGGUCUGGUAGACGGCUUUCUUAGGGCUAGACAUAGACAAACAUCCAGCUACCGAUCUCGCUUUUCAUGCCAAAACCGCACUCCCUCACUGGACUUGCACUAUAGGACUCGCAGCACUUAGCCAAGUGGCUUUUCAUUUUGGAUUAUUUAUACAUGUAUAUGGUUUUAUUUAUUGGUUUAUACGUUUUAUGUUGCUGUAUAUAUUAAGCGUUACUGUAGAACACAAACUGUAGCAUAGGCGGCAUGUUACUUGCAAGUUACUGUUUUUUUUUAAGAUAAAUAUGUACAUAGAUCAAACAUUUUUAAAAGCGUAGGAAAAACUGCUUCACAGAAACUUGAAUCUGGCUUUUAAAGUAGUGAUGAUUUUGUUAGACCUUUUUAUUAUUAUUAUUAUUAUUAUUAUUAUUAUUAUUAUUUAAGUUUGUGCCAUGUUUUUUUUUUCUUCUUCUUUUUUCCUCACCAAAUGACCUUACCUGUUCUGCUAUUCUGGAUUUUGUUUGUCUCUGUUUACAGACAUGUAUUUAUUAUGAUGUAUAUAUUGUAAUGUUUGAUGUAAAUGAUAACCAGUUCUUACUCUAUCAUCCCUAAUGGCGAUGGUGUUGCUGUAUUUGGUAAACUCUUGUUGAGAGAAUGUUUAUUAUGGAUAUUAUACAAUGUAAAAAAAGGAUAUUCUGUAAAAAAAAA